AUGGCUCGUUCUCAAAAGAAGACCCGUCGUACUACUCGUAAGGACACCGCAACUCGCGAAUAUACAAUUAAUUUGCAUCGUCGCAUUCAUGGUAUCGGGUUUAAAAAGCGAGCCCCACGAGCCAUCAAUGAGGUCAAGAAAUUUGCGAGGAAAAUGAUGGGCACCGAGGACGUCAGAAUUAAUGUUCGACUGAACGAAUUUCUCUGGUCCAAGGGCGUACGCAAUGUUCCCUACCGUGUCCGCGUGAAGCUGUCCCGGAAGCGUAACGAGGAUGAAGAUAGCCCCCACAAGUUCUACACACUUGUUUCAUAUGUCCCUUGCGCCGAUUUUAAGGGCAAGCAGAACAUUAAUGUAGAACCCGAAAAGUGA